GUUUAUUAUUAUUAUUAUUAUUACUUCAGUUCUCUAUGGCUACUCUUCUACGUAAGUUGAAUUUGUGUACUUCAACCAAGGUAAGAAUCGUGGUAGAUGAACUGAGAAACAAGGUUUUAUUUCUCCAAGCAGGGAAAGACUUUGUUGAUGUAUUACUAAGCUUCUUAACCCUACCAUUAGGCACCAUUGCAAGGCUUGUGAGCCAAGAAUCCAACAUGGAAAAUAUUGAUGUUGGAAGCAUAAGCUUUUUAUAUGAAAGUGUGACCAAACUUGAUAAAGGGAAAUUCUUAUCAGCUUUGGAAAGAGAACUAUUGGUCCGUCCGAUUAACUCGAUGGAACAGUAUUGCCGGCUUCUAAAACUCAACGUUGACGACACCGAGAAGUUGAGAUCUUUUAGAUGCCGUGACAAAAAGUGUGAGCUUGUAUCCGGGUGUUGGAAUUGUAGGUGUUUUAUGGAUAAGAAAGAUGAGUUAUGCAGCGUUUCAUACCAUAAAAAAGGUUUUGUUCCAAAAACCGCAACCUUUAUUGUUUCUGAUGAUUUGAGUGUGAAGCCUGAUAAUUCUCAAAGUCCAAUUUCUAUAGCUAAGUAUCUUGGAUGUGAAGAUGUAGAUACUAUCAAGAUAUUAACGGUCAAUGUCACUCGUAGAGAGAUAAUCGAUCUGGUGAAGUGCUCCUUAGUGUCUACAACACCUUUAACAGAUGUAUUCGUGACAAAGAAGCUUCUUUGUGAGAAUCCAAGACCCGUCAAUGUACUUGAUUUAGAUGAUUGUAGAAACGGAGCACUGCUUGUAAGGAACACAAUAGAAAUAAAGGCCAUGGUAAGAAAGUCCAAUAGCAAAAUUCUGUAUGCUUUAGGUGAAGAGGAUUUCGCAGACUUGUUACUGAUGUUUCUGAGAUUCCCUUUGGGAGGAGUUGAGAAUAUGUUAAAUGGAAACUCUGGUUAUGACAACAUAGAUAAUUUAUUCAAGAGCAUGCUUGACUUGGAUCCCAAAAGGUAUAUGAAAUCCAGAAAAGAUAUGGUGUCUAAGCAACUCAAAUCUAACUUUAAUGGACAAAAAAUCAUGAAGAGUCCCUCAAUGUAUAUGGUAACAGAUGACUUGGUCGUCACGCCAGGUUCCUCAGCCUCCGCUAUUUCGUUUCUGACUGAAUCGAAAAUUCCUCUCUCUGAUUUGGAAGAAAAACUGAUAACAAUUGGCAAUAAAGAGGCUCAUAGUCUUCUGAAAGCUUCUUUGAUCUCACCAACAGCUCUCACUCAUGGUCUUGGUCCAUUUCUCGCAACAAGUAAAGCGAAACCUUUGAGAUAAUGAUGGCUCUUUGUUUUGCUAUUUAUGAGUUUCUGAAUUACUCUUCAAUUUCAUCUCCUUUAGUCCUGUAGAUUUGUUUUUGCAUUUUUUUCAUCUGUCUGCUUUUGUUGUAGAUCUCUGCAUUUUUUUAGAUUUGCUUCUGAAUUUUUAUUCCAUUUUUUGUAGAUCU